AUGCACCGCACUUAUUCCAUGCGCCAGUCGCGCGCUCCGACCGCCUCGCAGGUCGAGAACCCUCCCCCACCCAUGUCUUCCACCAAGUCAAACCGAUGGCUCGGAAAAGGUGGCUUUGGCCAUGCUUUCCGCAAAAACGCCGCCGGCGCUUUCGGUCCCGAUCUUGCUCGCAAGCUCUCCCAGCUCGUGAAGAUGGAGAAGAACGUCAUGCGAAGCAUGGAGCUCGUUGCGCGGGAGCGCAUGGAGGUCGCUCAACAACUCUCCAUCUGGGGUGAGGCUGCUGACGAAGAUGUCUCUGACGUGACUGACAAGUUGGGUGUCUUGAUCUAUGAGAUUGGUGAACUCGAGGACAUGUUUGUUGACCGCUAUGACCAAUAUCGCGUGACCAUCAAGAGCAUCCGCAACAUUGAAGCCUCGGUCCAGCCCAGCCGUGACCGCAAGCAGAAGAUCACCGAUGAGAUUGCCAAGCUCAAGUACAAGGAUCCCAACUCUCCCCGUAUCGUGGUGCUGGAGCAGGAGUUGGUCCGUGCCGAGGCCGAGUCCCUGGUCGCUGAGGCUCAACUGUCCAACAUCACCCGUGAGAAGGUCAAGGCUGCCUUCCAGUACCAGUUUGACGCGCUCCGUGAGCAUUGCGAGAAGGUCGCUAUCGUGGCCGGAUACGGAAAACACCUGCUGGAUCUGAUUGACGACGCUCCCGUCACUCCCGGCGAGACCCGUCCUGCCUACGACGGCUACGAGGCCAGCAAGGCUAUCAUUCAAGAUUGCGAGGAUGCUCUGACUAACUGGGUCAGCUCCAAGGCCGUGGUCAAGUCCAACAUGUCUCAGCGCUCGCGAACCCUUUCUCAGCGUCAUCGCGCCAACUCGAGCAAGAACCGUGACGGUGUUGACCUCUCCGGCCAGGAUCAGCCCAUGACCGGUGACCGGGACUCUUGGUUGCCUGCCGAUCAGCACCCCGGUUACGAAGACGAGGCCGAAUACCCCGAGAGCGCCGUCGACGUUGAGCAGCGUGGCCGCGAGGAGGAGAGGGAGCCUAUUGCUGCGUAA